AUGGACUUUAUUGAUCGUUUAAUUCUUGAAUUGCCUUCGGACAUCAAACCUCUGAUGCUGACCUUGCACUGUCUCUUUCCAAACGACUUUCUCCCAGCCUUAGACCUUCUCGACCGCAAACUGGUACGGAGCGUCCACUUCGGUAUCACGGAACUGUUCCUCGUUGCCUCCACCGCAUCACAGGAAAGCUACGAGGUUCGGCUGCACGCCUGGAACUGCAGCUGUGCCUCUUUCACUCUGGCUGCAUACCGCUCCCAACCUGCAGAGACGACCCCCAGUCCAGAGCAGGUUCCCUACCGGUUUGGCGGGAUAUCUCAAACGGCCCAGAUGGCCCCGGUCUGCAAACACAUUCUAGCUUGUGUGCUGUAUGCUCGCUGUCCCACGCUGGUGGGUGACGAUACCGGAUCGAUUGCAAUCUCCCGAGAGGAACUGGCAGGCUGGUGUGCUGGAUGGGGCGGGUGA